AUGGUCUGCAUCGCAUCACGAUCUGCCAUAGGAGCCAAUGCCUGGGAAUUGACGGCGACGAUCCCAUUCACAGCUAAUACCCCAUUUAUCUACCAUGAAGCUCUCCCUCCUCGCGCCCUCUCUCACCAUACUACUGCCUCCGCCGGUCUGGCCGCAGAAUGUGGUUUAAAGAGGGAAAUCAAAGGUGGUAAACUACAGAGUGUACUCCAAGGGACGUGCGGCGGAAGUACCACUUGCAUAAAGAACCAGUGUGUGCCAUUUGCAAAGACUGGAGAAGCCUGCUCGGCUGACAAGCCCUGCCAUGCCAAUCGAUACUGCGACACAGUCUGCAAGAAACCCAAAAGCAGUGAAAAUGAAAUAUGCGCCAACAACGCCGAGUGCUGGGGCGGCGUAUGUCUCAAGGGCCGGUGCCGUAUCCUGGGAGUUGUCUGCGGCGACGACACGGACUGCAAGGAAGGGGAGGUCUGCCGGUAUGAAGAAAUUAUAGACUGGCUUCCUACGCUCGAGAAGACUCCGCGGGUGUGCGGGAAGCCACACGAGUCCAAGUUUGGGCAGUUCUGCUCGAUGGACUCCGACUGCGGGAUCCGGAAGUCGACCGUUGCCCAGAAUCUGCUGAGCGAGGUGGCCGAGCUAAUCAAGGAGCAAUUUGAGGUUGAUAAAAGUGAGUCUCGUGAGCCCGGCGCUGCCACUGGUAGCCAGAGCGGAGAGGGAGAGGUGAAGGUUGAAGAUGAACACCUCAGAUGCAGAGCCGGCCUUUGUGUCUUUGACUCCACGCUCCACGGCCAGGAGGGUUUUACGGGAUGGCCAUGCCGCGUCGAUACCAACUGCCGCUCCAGGAACUGUGAGGCACAGACGUUUGCAGAUGGCAAGUUGACAGUGAAGAACUGCGCUCCUCGAAGGAGAAUGACAACCAGGAGCUUUUGA